AUGCCUGGGGGUGCUACUACUGGGGGUGCUGAGCCUGGGGGUGCUGAGCCUGGGGGUGCUACGCCUGGGGGUGCUGAGCCUGGGGGUGCGGAGCCUGAGGGAGCUGGGCCUGCUCGUGUGGCGUCUGGCGGUGCUGAGCCUGGAGGUUCUCCGGGUGCUUCGUCUCGGCGGGAGCCACUCUCUCCACAGGAGCUGCGCGAGUGGUUUGCCCGGCGCUGGAGGCGUGCUGCUGGAGCUGGAGGUUCUUCGGCUGCUGAGGGUACUGGUGCCGCGGGUCCCGGUGGUGCUCGUACUGGGAGUACUGGAGCUGCUGGGCCUGCGGGUACGACUGGAGCUGGAGCUGCUGAGGGUGUUGGCGCUGAGGCUACUGCUGUCGGUCCUGGAGGCGGUCCUGCUGGGGGUGCUACUGGUGCUGCUGGAGGUACUGGAGCUGGAGGUGCUGGUGUUGUCCCUGCUGUGUCUGGAGUCGCCGCGCGGCCUCGGCCGUACUUCGUUCCACUCCUUCAGCAGGUUCUUGGUCUCCCGCCUUCUACUGGUCCUCCUCCUCCCUUAGAGUGUCCACAGCCUGUCCCGUCACAGUUACAGUUACAGCCGGCCUCCCCACUGCCCCCUCCUUCUCCCUACACUGGUCCUACUGGAGGUCAUGCUGAGCGUCGUGAGCCUGCGUCUCGCCCUGCGUCGCCUGUCCGUGCUGCUCGCACUAGUGGUCGUGGUUCGCGUCAGCGUCCUCCUCCUGUCCCUGGCACGCACCGGAUGUCUCUGCGUCCGUCCACUGCUCCUCUGCGUGCCCCUUUGCCUUCUCCUCCUGAGUCCUCACUUCCUGCUCUUCCUGACCCGGAGUCGGACUCUCUUCGUGCUGCCAGUCCUACUGUCACGCCUCGUCGACUUUGCUGCUCGCUGUCGUCUAGACUACGCUGCUAG